AUGACUUCGAAACUCCGUUUUCCCAGUAAAAGCCGAGCCAACGUACUCACUGAAGUGUUCGGCUUCCUCGCUGUUUUCGACAACUUCUUCAAUGAUUUCCUGUCCAAAACGUCUAUUCAAGACUCGACCACUCCGCUUCCGGCCAUCCAGACAUUGACCGGGGCAGUUCUAGAAACUAUUACUUUCACUCUGUUGGAUGUGACUAUCGCGAUUCGGCGUUUUCGUCAAUCUUUUAGUCCACGCUCUGAUGGUCUCCCAGUAAGUAUUUUAAAAGCCGAUGCAAAUACGAUUUUCCCAUCCCUCUUGAGCAAGAUAUUUAAUCUUGCUCUUGAAACUGAAACUUAUCCUACCCUGUGGAAGGAAUCACACAUUUUGUCCGUUCCUAAGCAUGGAAAAUCCACGUCAUUUGAUGACUUUCGGCCAAUAAACAACCUCCCCGCAGUUUCGAAGAUCUUAGAGACAUCGAUCAAAGGUAAGAUGAUGUGUCACUUAACAGAUAAUAACCUACUGAGUUCUGCUCAGCAUAGAUUCAUCAAAACUCAGUCUUUUGACAUCUGUCAACUCUCUUUCUUUGACUAUGUUCUCCAAUCUAGGGACAAUGGUUUUGCACUUUACACAGUAUAUUUCGAUUUCACCAGGGCUUUUGAUCGUGCUGACCUUGCUCUUCUUCUCUUGAAACUGUCCCGUUUCGGAAUAGGUGGCAAACUUCUGCAUUUUAUAUCCUUUUACCUGUGCGCUCUUACACAACGCGUUAAGAUUUCCAAUACUAUCUCCAAACCCACACGUGUGAGGAGUUGAGUCAUCCAGGGUAGUGUAAUCGGCCCGCUUUUAUUUUACCAUUUCGUUAAUGAUGUACCCGAUUUAUUCCGGAAUUGUAAGCCUUUCAUGUAUGCCGAUGAUCUAAAAGUUGCAUAUCGAUAUAAGUCGGCAGAUCAUGAUAUCGUGCUUGAGCUCCUACAGAUCGACCUACAGGCUUUCGCCCAGUGGUGCCGCACACGCGCCUUUCUCUUUCUUCGAAUAAGUGCUCAGUCAUGGUAGUUGGCGACGACCGCCAGCCUCAACUAAGUAUUGACGGUCACGCCAUAAAGGUGUUUGGGAUUAUUAAGGAUCUAGGCGUAUCAUACUCCAAGAGUCUCAAUCUCUCGGAGCACUGUGCCUUGAUAGUCUCCAAAGCACGUAGAACGACCGGGUUUAUCCACCGAAACUUCAAAAACAGGGACAUUAAAAUGCGCCUUUACAACAUGUAUGUUAGACCUUGCUUGGAAUACUCUUCCUUUUUAUUUAGCCUCAUGCGUACUGCAGAACGGAAGCAAAUAGAAUCCGUUCAACACUUUUUUACCAAGAGAAUUUUGACCCCGGAACACCGACAUUUGUCUUACCAAGAACGUUACCGUUUAACGGGCCUUGAUCCUUUAUGGUUCCGUAGAUUUCAAAAGGGACAAUUCUUUCUAUUUAAACUCUUAUAUAAUCACACAUUUAACCCACUCACCUCUGUAAGACAUCAUGUCCACCCCCGACGUAACGGACACCGUGAGGUCUUUUUAUUUCUUCCUCUGGCAGGUAUUGUUAAAUAUCGUCGGUUCUUUUCCGCAAAUGCAAUUGCUACUUGGAAUAAACUACCCAUGAGUGUGAAAGGUCUGCUAAAUUAUCCUUUAUGUAAGGGAAAUAAUGCUCAAUUUUGCAUUCAGAAAAGCUCCCACAAAUUUUGGGUGUUAAAUCCUCUGAUCGACUGUACCGUAGCGAUGCAUUUGUGGUCUCUGAACACUAUGGCCGGUCUCACCAGGGACAAUUUCUUCGGCCAACAGCGACAGAUGUUCUUCGGCGCUUUUGUUUGGACUAGUCCCAUUUUCAUAGUAGAAAUUACCGACUGAAAAUUAUCCGAUACCGUGCAGCCUCUCCCUUCUUGACGGUGUAGGUUCACGCAAACUUUCGAUUUUUCACUAAAAAUUUCUUGUACACCUGAACGUUUCUGUACUGUUGUUUAAAUCAGCAAAAAUACACACACCUGGUUUCGACUUGUGAAAAAGCUUGACUUUUGUGUCCGUCUGCAGCUUGGUGUCAUUGUUUCGUUGAUUGCACUCAUUUGCGUCAGUCGCUUUUAGUCAAUCGACACGAAACUUUUAUAUCUUUUGGCCAUAUUUAACUGGACGUAAUUUCACCUGGGCGACAAGCCUCAUUCGCUGACUUCGUAUCGGAUUUUACCCAGCACAUUCACCCUACGGCCAAUGAUUGUGGAGAAGGCUUUAUUUAUCGUGAGUCUGUACGAUUAUUUACCUUUCGUCGUUUUUCUUAUACUCAUUAUGCUAUUGUCAUUUUUCUGGUAAGAAACGCAGCAUCCCCUACUUAGAGUUAGAUAUUUAUUAUUGUUUGUAGUUUACUUGCCGUUUACACUACAAAAGUGGUGACCCUAUUUUUCUACAUCUACGCAACCUCCUUUUUACUAUAACCGAUAACGAACCUGAAAAAGACUCUCUCGACGUCAAUACCCUCUCCUUCAAACUACUCCCUUGUACACCGAGCAACCCCCGGUUUUGGUUACGUCAAAUUGAAGCGGUUUUCUCAACGAGUCGCAUCACUAGCGAACGCACCCGCUACUCUUAUGUGGUGCAAAGUCUCCCCUUCGACGUUGCCGUCGAUGUCGACGACCUCCUCGACGCCAUUCCUGCCAACUACCCGUACACCCAGUUGAAGAAUGCCGUCAUCCAGAGAGUGGCCAAGUCGACCAAUCGGAUGCUACGGGAGUUGUUCACACAAGUAGAACGUGACACUUGUGUGGACUGGUUGGCCUGUCGUCGCUCAUCACGCAGAGCCAUCACGCCAUCAGGUUCCUCAAGACAACCGAACAGUCCCCACCGCGGUGACUAUGACGAUCUAAGAGACACUGCACGUCUUCUUUGCACACAAGUGAGCACAAUGUGCACUGCCAUCAACAACUUACAGUCGUCGUUCUAGAUCUCGUGAACAUCCCUCUUCAAACCUGUGUUGCUAUUAUCGCGUUUACGGCCCGAAAGCACGCAAGUACAUUCUUCCCUGCACAUACAUGCAGUCCUCACCACAGGAAAACGACCGCGCCAGUCAGUAACAGCGACAGCUGCCGCUGGCCAGUCACGACCCGGUCGCCUCUUCUAUAUCAGUGACAAGACGAGCGGCCUCCGUUUCCUUGUCGAUACUGGUGCCGAGAUUUGUGUGAUCCCGCCUCCAAGGCGCCACCAUCUCAAGCUGGCGCAGUUUUCAUUGCAGGCUGCCAAUAGCACCACCAUCAACACUUAUGGUCAACGGUCGCUCACACUUGACAUCGGUCUUCGGCGACGUUUCCAGUGGGUCUUUGUGCACGCCGACGUUAAAUCUCCCAUUAUAGAGGCAGAUUUCCUAAUUGAUUUUGACCUUGCAGUCGACCUCAAGCAUCGCAAACUCAUCGAUACUACAACUACACUCUUUACCGUAGGGAUUGCCGCUUCUGAACCCUCGGUUAGCAUCCAAUCGACCGUACCAAGUUCAUCCUUCGCUGAAAUUUUGAAGGACUACUCGUCCCUCACUUAGCCCUGUCAGUUUAGGGGGGAGGUUCAGCAUACGGUUAAACACCACAUCAUCACCACGGAGCAACCUGUUUACGCUCAUCCUCGCCGUCUUCACCCCGAAAAACUUCGGAUAGCAAGAAAUGAAUUUGAACAUAUGAUGGAAUUAUUCAUCCUUCCUCCAGCCCAUGGGCUUCUCCCCUCCACAUGGUACCCAAGAAAUCGACUGAUGAUUGGAGAUCAUUCGUCGAAUAUCGCGCUCUCAACCGAGGCACUGUUCCCGACCGAUAUCCUGUUUCUCAUAUGCAUGAUUUUUCUCACACGCUAGCUGGAAAGGCUAUUUUUUAAAAAAUGGACCUCAUUAGGGCAUAUCACUAAAUUUUCGUCGAAGAAGAAGACAUCCCAAGACCGCCGUCACAACGCCUUUCGGCUUGUUUGAAUUCCUUCGAAUGCCGCUUUGUUUGCGCAACGCGACCUAAUCCUUCCAACGCUUCAUCGAUGAGGUCUUGCGGGGCCUCUAAUUCAUUUAUAUAUACGUUGAUGACAUAUUCGUCGCAAGUUCUUCGGCAGAGGAACAUGCCUCGCACUUGCGCCAGAUAUUCGACCGUUUCCAGCAACACGGUCUGCCAUUAAACGUCGACAAAUGUAUCGUUGGCGUCUCUUCUCUAGAUUUCCUUGGUCACCACGUCGACCAUCAUGGCAUCACACCGCUGUUGGAGAAGGUGCAGAGCAUCCUGUCAUUCCCUGUCCCUAAGACACUUACUUACCUGCGGCGUUUCAUAGGCCUUCUCAACUAUUACAGACGUUUUAUCCCUCACUGUGCGGCGACCCUAGCUACCUUUACUGACCUUCUUAAGUCUAAAACAAAGCCCAUCGAAGUUCCUCCAGCAGCUCACUCAGCCUUUGAGGCAGCUAAGUAAGCUCUUGCUGAUUCCACUUUGCUUCACCAUCUCAGCUCCGAUCCCCACACACAGCUGAUCUUGACCACUGACUCGUCCAACUGUGCUGUCGGCGCACUCCUGCAUCAACAGGUGAAUAACCAGUUGCAGCCAUUGGCUUUCUUUUCACAGAAGCUACAACCGGCGCAGACUCGCUACAGUGCUUUCUCUCGCGAACUCCUCGUAAUCUACCUGGCCAUUCGUCAUUUUCGACACCUCUUAGAGGGCAGAAAUUUUGCGGUUCACACCGACCACAAACCUUUCCUUUACACCCUCAAGGCCAAGCCAGAUCGGUACUCGCCCAGGGAAGUUCGUCAUCUGGACUUUAUAUCGCAGUUUACUGCAGAUAUCCAUUACGUCCGCGGCAGCGACAAUGUCAUUGCUGAUGCAUUAGCCCGUCCGGACAUUAACACACUUGCAUCCGAUUUCGACUUGGCGAAGCUUGCAGACCUCCAAUCAGGCGACAAGUCCAUUGACGAACUGCGUUCUACUACUACUCUGCAACUUCGAGAUGCACCACUUCCCGCAUCACCAGGCACGAUUUUGUGCGACUGGUCCACAGCCACUCCUCGACCUGUUGUUCCAUUAUCCUACCGCAAGACAGUGUUUGCUCAUUUCCAUUCCCUAUCACAUCCUGGCAUCCGCGCUUCUCGUAAGCUAAUCGCCACUCGAUUUAUUUGGCCGAAGAUGAACUCUGACAUCGUUCUUUGGACUAAACAGUGUUUAGCCUGCCAGAAAAAUAAAGUACACCGCCACACAUUUUCUCCACCAAGUACAUUUGCCGUUCCAGAUGUUCGAUUUCAACACGUCCACUUGGAUUUAAUUGAUCCGCUACCCCCUUCACGCGGGUACACGCAUAUUCUGACAGUUGUUGACCGUUUCACACGAUGGCCGAUUUUCGUUCCCAUCUCGGAUACGUCGGCAAAAAAUAUUGCCACAGACUUUCUGACGCACUGGAUUUCAAAUUUUGGUGUUCCAGCCGCCCUUACUACUGACCGCCGGAGUCAAUUCCAAUCAAGCCUUUUCCGUCAGUUCACUAAACUGCUCGGGUGUGCGCACAUCACAACCACCCUGCCUCCAACGGCCUCGUGGAGGGUCUACACCGUCAACUGAAGUCCGCACCGAUGUCCCAAACAGAAUCAGCUUCUUAGAGUGACAAUCUCCCUCUUGCACUUUUAGGCAUCCGAGCUUCCGUCAAGAAGGACAUCCAAUGCACUGCCGCCGAACUUGUGUACGGUACACCCCUCCGUCUUCCCGGCGAAUUUGUGCAGUCUUCCACGACGAACACCAACAACCCGAGCACCUUCGUACAGCAUUUGAAGCAACGCAUGGCUCAACUGCGUCCAACCCCCACUCGUCUGACAUCGAAACUUGUGUUUGUGCAUGAGGACCUGAAAUCUUCUCCAUUCGUUUUCGUCCGGCAUGACGCGGUUCGCAAGUCUCUUUGUUCCCCAUAUGAUGACCCGUAUAAGGUUCUUCAGCGGAUGAACAAGUAUUACGUCAUUCAGAAGGCUGACAAAACUGACACAGUCUCCAUCGACAGACUUAAGCCGGCCUAUCUCGAGUGCGUCCCGCCGUCAGUUAUGCCACCGUCUUCCUCUGCACCGUCCUCACAUGAUUCACUCGCUUCGGUUCCCUCCACGGAACCACCACACUCUACCACCCCACCCACCCAUUCUGAUUUUCCUUUCAUUCAACCACGCACCUCAUCUCGUUCUGGUAGACAUAUCCAUUUCCCUGCCAAACUCAAAGACAUUUGGAGUAACUUUUUGCAUUUUUUUAUCGAGCGUUUUUUUUGUAGAACUAACGCUCUGGUGGGGGACUUGAGUAGGUUUACGCACAUCUUCUUUUUUCACUCUAAAAAUUUCUUGUACACCUGAACGUUUCUGUACUGUUGUUUAAAUCAGCAAAAAUACACACACCUGGUUUCGACUUGUGAAAAAGCUUGACUUUUGUGUCCGUCUGCAGCUUGGUGUCAUUGUUUCGUUGAUUGCACUCAUUUGCGUCAGUCGCUUUUAGUCAAUCGACACGAAACUUUUAUAUCUUUUGGCCAUAUUUAACUGGACGUAAUUUCACCUGGGCGACAAGCCUCAUUCGCUGACUUCGUAUCGGAUUUUACCCAGCACAUUCACCCUACGGCCAAUGAUUGUGGAGAAGGCUUUAUUUAUCGUGAGUCUGUACGAUUAUUUACCUUUCGUCGUUUUUCUUAUACUCAUUAUGCUAUUGUCAUUUUUCUGGUAAGAAACGCAGCACCCCCCACUUAGAGUUAAAUAUUUAUUAUUGUUUGUAGUUUACUUGCCAUUUACACUACAACGGUCAAAAGUUUUCCGCCAGCAUUAAUUUUUUCCUGAACCCUCCAGACCAUAAAAUCCAUCAAUUAUAUUUCUAUUCCUUUCCCAUAUGAGUUUUUCUUUCACUGCUGGCCGGAUUUGUGUUUAACGCUUCCUUGACAAUGCCUGUGAACUGGCAUUAAAUAAAAAUCAUUAUCAUUUACAACAUCAUCAUCCUCCAGGACUGAGACCGGGACUUUGAUUUCCAGAUAUUUGCUUAUACAGUGAGAUACACUCUUCGGCUUUUGUUCAGCCUGUCGGAUAAUUCCGUAUUCACAUUCAUUCCGUGCAUGCUGGAUGCAUUUUUGACCGCAAUUUGUGGACGACGGAACUCUCCGAGGUGCACUGGUUACACGGUCUUCCUGUAUAUCUUGCACAUUUACAUUUAUUCCGCAAAUGUCUAUGCAAGUCCUUCCUUAAUUACAUCAGUGAUAUUGCGACUGAAGUCAGCAAGUCGUAAACAUUAUUUAUGCCGAUGACCUCAAAUGUGUUUAUUAAUGUUCUAAGGACACAGCAAAAGAUUGUGUUGGAAAAAUUAAUGUCGAUUUACUACGCUUAAUCAGCUGGAGUUCAACAGGGCAGAUGGAGUUUUCAUCAUCCAAGUGUAGUUUCAUGUCUUUUUGUCCUGCCAAUCUCCUUGGCCUCAUAAUUUUGAAGAAUAAGCUAUUCCCAGAAUGCUUCACAAAUGCACAAUUCUGCGCUUCGAAAAUCAGACCCCUAGUACGCGGUGAUACCAUCUGAACGGAAUGUCACUCCGAGAAGCAAAAACGCAGAAGGACCUCGGAGUCCGGGUUGCGGACACCCUAAAGCCUUCUACACAAGGUUGUAAGGCGGCUAAGGCCGUAACUUCAAUGCUAUACGCCAUCAAGCGGAUAUUCGUACUUUCGGAUGAAAAAGUUAUUCUCCAGAGUCUUCGGCACUCUUGUAAGGCCGCAUCUUAAAAACGAAAUUCAGGCCUCUAGGUCGUAAAUGCAUCGGGAUUGCAAUCUGCUCGAGAGGGUGCAGAGGCGAGCAACAAAAUCGGUAAGAAUUCAAGGUUCACUACCAUACAAGAUCCACCUAAACAACUUUAAUCUCUAUCCUGUGCGUUAUAGGCAGUUGCGCGGAGACUUAAUACAAACUUUCCGUAUCGUACGUGACUUGGGCUUUGCCCUCCGUUGCGAUGACUUUUUACAACUCUCCAUUACAACUUGCCUACGAGAACAUUCUGUCAAACUACGUGUGCCCAAGGUAGAUUGAAUUUGAGAAAGUAUUUUCUUCUCCAACCGGGUCGUAGGACCGUGGAAUAACUUGCCCGAGACGAUUAAUAUGUCUCAAUCUGUGAAGGCAUUUAAAGGCCGGCUGGAUGGACAUAUACUGCGGCAACGAGCAGACUAUGCGACUUUGUAAGCAUAAAACCAGUGACCUAUGUGAACUGGUGUCUGCAUUGGCUUAAUGCAGUAAUUUUUUCAUACUUUCUCCUUUUUUUCUCGAUAUUUAUGCAAAAAUAGGGAGUUCAAAGGCGUAGGCCUAUUUUCCUCAAAUACACUAACUAAAAAGGAUAGUGUCAGGAAUUAGAGAAUGGAUCCAAGAUUCUGGUACACAUAUAUUACCAGGCGUCCUUUGGAUAGUAAUGACUCUGAUUUGGGCCAUCUUGUUUAUAACAGACACGACAUUCAAUAGUAUAAUAUCUAGUGUGUUUCGAUCAACAGGCCUAUUGUCGACAUUAUUUACAGAAAAGAAUUUGGAGUCGGGUAUAAUAAUAAUAGUUUAUAAAGACCAAUAGGGGUCCCAUCAAAGCAGGUAAAAAUAAAUGUACAUGACAGUUUUAGACGAGGUAGGCAAAAUCUGUACAAAGUGCAAUUCAUAGUUUUGAAUUAGUAGUCCGUUAAGAAAAAUGAUUACCGAGAGAUGAAAAAAAACUCCACUCGAAAAUUUAAAAAUGAUUUAAUUAAUUUUACAGGAGAAAAAAAACUCCUCGAUAAAAAAGCAAUAACAGAAAAAUGCGGGCAGCACCGACCUGCCUGCGGCGGUUAUAUAAUGGAUUAUAAUCGGACAUCGACAAGGCAGAUAUAAAUUUCAGCUGUAUAUGGCAUUGUUCAACAGAUCUCAGGAAGGGGUAAGUAGGCGGGUCAGUCAAAACUGACCUGUACGUGGACUUAAAUAAGGCAAAUAACAAAAACAAACAAGCUUCUAUAACCGCAUCUCGACUCCCCAAAAUCCACCUGCAUGGCAUAGGAAUAAGCCAAAUCACUCUAGCAUUCCAAACUCCUUACCACCUAAUUACAACCCUUCAAAUUACUUUGGCUUUUACGCCUCCCCAACUGAAACUCCACUUAGGUACAAUUACCACCUAGUUAACGCACCUCCCCAUAUGUACCCACAGUCCAUACACACUAGCCCAUGCACUCACACUACGCCAUACGCAUCACCAUAUCCUCCGAGAAUCACACACCUACCUCCAUUUAGUCCAUCACUCACUCAAAGUACCCCCAGAAAUCCUUUUUUUCACCAGAGCCCACCUCUUCCAUAUCCAACAUCCUAAAGAUAGCUCUUAUAAAUUCCAGAUCGAUUGUCAACAAAAUAUCCCAACUUAGAACUUUUGUUUAAAUAUAUAACCCCGAUGUAAUUUGCAUUACAGAAACAUGGGCAAAUGAGCUUAUAUCGAAUGCUUCACUAUGUCCCAAAUUAUAAUUUCUAUCGACAGGACCGUGUUAAUAAACGAGGCGGAGGUUGUCUUAUCUACAUCAAAACUACCAUUGAGCAAAGUGGUAUUGAUGUCCCAACCGAAACCUUUUCUGGAGAUGCGUGUUUUGCCACAAUAAAAUCUCAUGCCCAGGAAAACAUACUAGUCGGAUGCCUCUACUCCCCUCCAGAAUGUAGUAGUGAUGACACAAGCCUCAACCUCUUAAUAAGCAAUAUAGCUAACAUAAAAACUGAAUAUAAGAUAAUUACAGGCGACCUAAACCGCCCAGAAAUAGACUGGGUCGAAUUAUCAGCACCUACCAGGCACGAAGAAUUCUUGUCUUCAAUUAUCUUUAAUAACUGGACACAGAUAGUUGACAAACCCACCCGAGGAAACAAUAUACUAGACGUUAUUUUCACCAACGAUAUCUGGCCCCUCUGUAUGCACUACGACUGCGCAACCUUUGAAAGUGACCACAAAGCAAUAAUAUAAACACUCCCCUUAAACGCAAAACUAGCACCCCAUUUUGGUAACACCCGCCUAAACCCAAAAAAAACUUGACGAGGACUCCAUGAACAACUAUAUUAGAUCAUUGGACUGGAGCCCAUAUCUUCUUACAACAUCCCCUAUGGAAGCAGUUAACCUAUUGUACUCUGUCCUAUUUGUAAUUCGAGAUACCUUGAUAGACGAAAGACUCCCGUAUAAGAAAUCACCAAUCCCGAACUUCCUUUCAACUAAACCAAAAAAGCCACAAAAACAGCUACGCGACCCCUCUGUGAGUUAUUUUUCCACACUUCGACGAAUUAGGGAAAUUCACGACCUAGUCACGAAAAUGGAAACACAAAAGACCAUAGCAGCAGAACUUCGGGCACUAGAAUCCCCCGAACGAACAGCUCAGAUGUUUCAGAAACUAAUGAGUAAUCAUCGACAGUCAGGACCACGAACUAUUAUUAAUGAAUUAGGGCAAGUUAUAACCAAUGAUAAACAAAUAGUAAACUUAUUCAACAGAUACUUCUCAGCUAACUACACAGUUGAAGAUGGGACCAUCCCCCAACCGACCGAGAUGACUGAACGCAUCCUUAGUGAGAUCCAUUUUAGUGAAGAAACUGUUAAAGUAGCCAUCAAACAACUAUCAAACACCAAAUCCUAUGGGACAGACAAAAUCCCACCAUGUAUUCUGAAGCAUAUGACAUAUGCUCCAAUACUCCUAUCUAAGUUAUUCACCAUACUCCAGUCAAAUGCAAUUUUUCCGGACAUGUGGAAAUACUCGACCAUUGCGCCCAUAUUUAAAAGCGGCAACCGAUCUCAUACCAAAAACUAUCGUGGUGUUCACCGAACACCCGCUAUAGCUAAAAUCCUCGAGAAAAUACUAUAUAACCAAUUGCUAGACCAUCUCAUGAACGCCAACCUAAUUCCCUCCUCUCAACAUGCAUUUUUGCCCAAAAAGUCAUGUCAGUCCUGCCACCUUACAUAUUUGGAAUUCGUUUCCAGCAAUAGAGAUGAUGGAAACACAGUAGCUUCAAUAUACUUCGAUCUAAGAAAGGCCUUUGACAAAGUCCCCCAUAAAAGACUACUGAUAAAGCUAAAAAGUCAUGGAAUUAGGCCACCCCUUCUUGAUUUUCUUAAAUCUUAUCUUCAAAACCGAUACCAGGUGGUGCAAAUUCGAAACGUCGUUUCAGAACCAUCCCCUAUUACCAGUGGAGUACUUCAAGGCACUAUCCUAGGCCCCCUUCUAUUUCUUAUAUAUAUUCACGACUUAUCGUCCAUAUCUGUCUCAGCUAAGACGUUUUUAUAUGCGGACUACCUUAAAAUUGCAUAUGCAUAUAACGGGAAUACAGUAGCCAAUAUUCAUAGAACAAUUGAAACUGAUCUCAGAAAACUCAGCGAAUGGAGUAGUCAGUGGCAGAUGCCCUUUUCACCCGAAAAAUGCCAUCUCCUGAUAUUUGGCCCACAAAAACUUCCCCCCAUAAUAUUCGAGGAUGAUGAAAUAACAGAGGCCCAAUCUGUAAAAGAUUUAGGUCUCAGCUAUACAAAUACCCUUGAUUUAUCUCCCCACGUCCAACAAAUAUCACCGAAAGCCACUCGCCUGUGUGGAUUCAUAUGUAAACAUUUCACCUUAAAUGUACUAAGAAUACAAUUGUUCAAAAUGUGUGUUUUACCUCUCCUAGAUUACUGUUCAGUUUUCUUCGGCAUAAUGCCCUCAGACGGCCGAAAGAAACUAGAAGGCAUUCAGAGACGGUUUACUAGAUCUUUGUCUAGAAGUGAUGGCAUCCAGGGUUCAUACUUAGAACAAUAUCAUAAAUACGGUCUUCGACCACUCUGGAUCAGAAGACUUCAAAAUGGCCUAAACUUCCUAUUCAAGGUCACCCACGAUCAAGAUAUUCUCAAAAUGAAUUUACUUACCAACCAAAACGCCCCUAGAAACACCAGAAAUAGCGAGGAUAUUAUAAAGAUUCCCAAAUUCACAAAGUCCCAACGAUCAAAUUUCUACAGCAUAAGAUAUGCGACUAUCUGGAAUUCUCUUCCAGGUUAUAUCCGGAAAAGUCGAACCCUAAUCGAAUUUAAAAUAAAAACUAAGGAAUUCCUUUCAAAUAACAAUACACAUUUAUUUUUGAAUAAGAUAGGACAUUUUUCAAGUCAAUUCUUUGAUAUUGAAUUUGGUCCACAAGGGCUCUGAUGAUGCCAGCCGAUUGAAAAAUACCGGAACAUAGCACUAAAAAUAAUCAAAUUUAUAAAAGAUAGCAUCAUUGAUAAACAUAGAACAGAUAAUGAUAUUCUUCUAUUUUCCUCCCUUUCUCGUUUUUAUCAGCUAUGUCACCUGACACUAAAUAUCCCUUAUAAAGCUAAUAAAAAUAUAACCUUCGAUAAAACCCUGCAUAUUAGACGUGCGUAUGUCUAUAUUAAAGCCAUAUUAAACAUGUAUAGAACUAUAUUAGGUCAUAGUAAACAGUCGACCACUACUCCUAUAACUUCACAUUAACAAGAAAAAUAUGAUACAUGAUUGAAUAGUAUUUUGACAGUUUUAAUUGUGACUUACCAUUGAAUGCUUCUUACUCCUGAUAUAUAUUCAUCUUUUCCAGCUCUUAGUCCAGACAACGAUGGUAAGCCUCCUGAAAAAUACGUAGGAACUGUGCGACCGCCCCUUUAG